GGUCCAUCCAGACCUCACUCCCGCACCGCACGCUCUCUCCCGCAACAGAACCCACGCCAAUUCCGCCCAAACCCCGCCGGACUCUCGCCGCGAUCCGCCCCCGCCGCCGCAGAUGCAGACACUCACAGCGUCGACCUCGGUCUCCUCCAUACAGCGGCACCGGCCGCGCCCCGCCGGCCGGUCCAGCUCGGUCAGCUUCACCGCCCGCGCCGUCAGCUCCGUGCCGCGCGCGCCCUCCGGCGCCGCCCGCGCGCCGGCCCCGUCCCAGUUCGUGCGCGGCGCCGAUGCCAAGCCCCUCAUUGCCGUCCCCAAGGCGCCCGCGGUGGAGAGGCAGGAGAAGAAGCUCAACUUCUUCCAGCGCGCGGCGGCCACGGCGCUCGACGCCUUCGAGGAGGGCUUCGUGGCCAACGUGCUGGAGCGCCCCCACGGCCUCUCCAGGACGGUCGACCCCGCGGUGCAGAUCGCCGGCAACUUCGCGCCCGUCGGGGAGACCCCGCCCGUGCACGCGCUGCCGGUCACCGGCCGCAUCCCCCCGUUCAUCAACGGCGUGUACGCCCGCAACGGCGCCAACCCGCGCUUCGACCCCGUCGCCGGCCACCACCUGUUCGACGGCGACGGCAUGGUGCACGCCCUGCGGAUCCGCAACGGCGUCGCCGAGACGUACGCCUCCCGCUUCACCGAGACGGAGCGCCUGCAGCAGGAGCGCGCGCUCGGCCGCCCGAUGUUCCCCAAGGCCAUCGGCGAGCUGCACGGCCACUCCGGGAUCGCGCGCCUUGCUCUGUUCUACGCGCGCGCGGCCUGCGGCCUCAUCGACCCCUCGCGCGGCACCGGCGUGGCCAACGCCGGCCUCGUCUACUUCAACGGCCACCUCCUGGCCAUGUCCGAGGACGACAUCCCGUACCACGUCCGCGUCACCGACGACGGCGACCUCCAGACCGUCGGCCGCUACGACUUCGACGGGCAGCUCGAGUGCCCCAUGAUCGCGCACCCGAAACUCGACCCCGCCACCGGGGAGCUCCACGCGCUCAGCUACGACGUCAUCAAGAAGCCCUACCUCAAGUACUUCUACUUCGCGGCCGACGGCACCAAGUCGGCCGACGUCGAGAUCCCGCUGGACCAGCCCACCAUGAUCCACGACUUCGCCAUCACCGAGAAUUACGUGGUGGUGCCCGACCACCAGGUGGUGUUCAAGCUGCAAGAGAUGCUCCGCGGCGGCUCGCCCGUGGUGCUCGACAAGGAGAAGACGUCCCGCUUCGGCGUGCUGCCCAAGUGCGCGGCGGACGCGUCGGAGAUGGUGUGGGUGGACGUGCCGGACUGCUUCUGCUUCCACCUCUGGAACGCGUGGGAGGAGGAGGAGACCGAGGAGGUGGUGGUGAUCGGCUCCUGCAUGACCCCCGCCGACUCCAUCUUCAACGAGUCGGACGAGUGCCUCGAGAGCGUGCUCACGGAGAUCCGCCUCAACACCCGCACCGGCGAGUCCACGCGGCGGCCCAUCCUGGCGCUGUCGGAGCAGGUGAACCUGGAGGUCGGCAUGGUGAACUCCAACCUGCUGGGCCGCAAGACGCGGUACGCCUACCUGGCCGUGGCCGAGCCGUGGCCCAAGGUGUCCGGCUUCGCCAAGGUGGACCUCGCCACGGGGGAGCUCACCAAGUUCGAGUACGGCGAGGGCCGGUUCGGCGGCGAGCCCUGCUUCGUGCCCAUGGACCCGGCCGCGUCCCGCGGCGAGGACGACGGGUACAUUCUCACCUUCGUUCACGACGAGGCCGCCGGCACGUCGGAGCUCCUGGUGGUCAAUGCCGCCGACAUGCGGCUGGAGGCGACCAUCCAGCUGCCGUCCCGCGUGCCGUACGGCUUCCACGGCACCUUCGUCACCGGCAAGGAGCUCGAAUCCCAGGCCUGAGCCGAUCGAGCCCCCGCCGCGCUUGCCGCCUCCACGUUUCCCGGAGGACGGCAAGAAGCAGAGGAGGAGAUGGAAAGAGGAAGUCGCCAGAGGGAGCCUCGCCUUAGGCAUAGGAGAUCCCCGGAAUCUUCCCUUCCAUUCCCCCCUGCGCCUGCAGUUAGCUCACACUAGUACGUAGUUGGUCUCUGUUCAUAUUCAGUUAGCUCACACUUGCUUCAGUCCACACCAAGGUAAUUAAGUAGCGCUUGUAGUAAAACCUAGCUGUCACUCAUGGUGGCACAGGGGAGUGAGGAUUAGAGAUAGAGAGAGGAAGAGGGGUCCAGCUCGUAGCUGCUCUGCCGGUGCUUGCUUCUACAGAGCGACCGUAGCUCAGCUGGUGCCCGCUGCUAGUUACUGUACAAUAUAUUGUUCUUCAUUUCAUCACACGGGUUGGUAUAUGUAUGUACAAAAUAUGCUCCGGUUGUUGUCACACACUGUUCAGUGUCGACUGCUGUUGCCUAUGCUAUGCUUGCCACCACCCGGUCGCUGCCGGUGUUGUUGGCCCGCGUGUGUGCAUUUGUUGAUAUUAUGAUAAUGAUAUGGCGAUUGUGCUGA